UAUUUAGAGCGAUUGCGAGAAAAGCCUCCGGAAACCCUCUCGCUGCCGCUGUAGGAAACGAAACAGUUGUAAGAGGAAUGGCGUCCUCCACCUCUUCCCAAUCGUCUUCCCAGUUUUCGGGAUCGUCCUUCUCUCUUUCCUCUAGCUCUUUAGCAUCUUCCUCUUUCCCGUUAUCCUCGUCUUCUGCCGCCUCUUCUGUCUAUUCAUCUUCCUCCGCUACCGCUGCGUCCACCAACCAGACCCCAUCCUUCCCCUUCGGCUCCGCCGUCUCCUCUGCUUGGCAGUCCAACCCGUUCGGUUCUUCUUCUUUCUCCACUGCAUUACCUCCCAACGCUUCGUCCCUCUUUAGCAACUUAUCAAACCCUAGCUCAUCUACGGUGGCCCCUAGCAGUCUGUUCGCCGCAUCAUCGGCACCUAAACCCUUCUCUCACUCCUUCAGUUCCAUCUCCACUACCCCCUCGGCCACUGUAACUUCCUCAUCUUCCUCCCCUAUAUCAACCUUCAAGAAUUCCUUGUUGACUACCCAGCCUUCCUUUCCCAGCCAUGUAUCAGACUUCCUCUCAAACAUCUCAUCCUCCAUGCCUGCAGCAACUCCUGCAGCUUCUUCCGUCACAAAGCCUAACAUCGGAGGCAGCUUAUCGCCGCCCCUCUUAGGAUUAGGGUCAGCCUCGGCUUCCACUCCUUCGCCUUCUUUCGGGAUGCUGUCCUCUGUUUCUUCUUCCUUAGCUACUUCGCAGUCGUUGCCAGAGUUGCCUUUGUUUGGUGCAACUAAUUCCACGGCAUCUUCUCCGCUAGCCUCAACCUCAGGAACAACCACUCCUUCGUUUGGAAGGGCGGCCUUAUCAUCGGCAGCUACAACUCCAUUAUUCCCUUCCUUCAUUCAAUCUUCCUCUUCCUCUGCCACUUUGUCAAGCACAACCACAGGAGCUCUUUCCUCGAAGCUGUUACCGUCAUCCUCAACGUCUUCAUUAUCAUUUGGAAGCGCCCUGUCCUCGUCUAGCUUAUCUGGUUCUGCCCCAUCUCUCCAAACUGUCUUGCCAUCACCUGCUAUUGAUACAGCCUCUUCCCCUGCCGUGACCUUGCAACCUUCUAUUGCAUUUGGAAAUUCUGCUUCCCCUUCCUCCUUUGGAUUCGGUAGCAUUGCUUCCACAGCCAAAUCAGCUGCCUCACCAAUACCUCUCUUCUCCAGCGCUGGGACCUCAAAGUCUUUCUCAUUGCCCUUUGGUUCUUCUUCUCCAGCAACAUUUGCAUCUUCAGCAGCAGCAGGAGCUACUUCCAGUGUUAUUUCAUCUGCAACUGCUUCGGCCACUCCUGCUUCAUCUACUUUGUUUUCUACCCAAGCCUUUGCUUCUGUUGCAUCAGCUCAAUCAGUUCCUCUGUUUGGAGCUAUUGCCUCUUCUGCAAUGCAGUCAGCUUCUACAGCAGCAGCAGCAACUAUAAGUUCGGCUGGCAUUACUGCAUCCACAAGCUAUCUGCCAAGCUUGAGCUUGCCAUCAACAUCUGCAGUUUCAGCUACUUCAUCAGCAUCAACAACAUUGGCCUUGCAACCUUCAACAACUCUUUCUUUUGGUUCUACUUCAGCAGCUGCAAACAUAUCUGGUUCCAGUUCUACCACAACACGGGCAUUGUCUCCAGCCACUGUAGCAGUUGGUUCAGUAAGUUACACUUCUAGUAGUUUGGCUACAUCUCAGGCACCAAAGUUACCCUCUGAACUUGCUGGAAAGACUGUUGAAGAGAUUAUCAAGGAAUGGAAUUCUGAACUUCAAGAACGGACUGCCAAAUUUCGGAAGCAUGCUACAGUAGUGUCUGAGUGGGACAAAAGGAUCUUACAUAAUCGUGAUGUUCUUAUCAGGCUUGAGGCUGAGGUGGCCAAAGUUGUGGAAACUCAAGCUGGUUUGGUGAGACAGCUGGAAUUAAUUGAGACACAUCAACAAGAGGUUGACAAGGCUUUGCAAAGCAUGGAGGAGGAGGCUGAGCGUAUAUAUAAAGAAGAACAGGGCUUGCUUCUUGAAGAUGAUUCUGCUUCUAUGAGAGAUACAAUGUUUGAGAAGGCAGAGUUUAUUCUAAGGGAAAUGGAGCGGAUGGCGGAGCAAAUUAAAGCUAUAAUCCAAGCUUUUAAUUCCAAGCAGGGAGGUAGCGUGGAUUUGGAUGAUAGUAUGACUCCGAUUGAUGCUGCUGUCCACAUAUUGAAUAACCAGCUCAGUUCCUUGAUGUGGAUUGAUGAAAAGGCAAAUGAAUUUUCAUCUCGGCUUCAAAAACUGGCCAAUCGUGGCACUCAAGUCCGUAAUGUGUCAACCUCAAGAUUUUGGUUAAACUGAUCAUUUAAGAAAGAUUUAGAGAGGAUUAUCAUGCUCUAACUUCCCGAAAGCUGCAGCAGCUAAAUGCAAGUUCAACGGUGCAAAUUUAUAUUUUCAGUCCUCCAUGCUUGAAUAACGUAGUUACUGCCUUGAGUUUGUGAGUAGUAGAUUUCAGAAUGUUAUCUUGAGUGUUUUGUGAAACUACCAUAUCUGGGUGGUGUCACUAUGAGCUAGCAAUCUACAUUUUUAUCUGCUUUCGGAUUCAGGAAAAGGAGUUACCUGCCAUUUUGAUUCCAUGAAAACAGGUAUACUGAAAUUUUUGCAGUUGUUCCCCCAUUAAAACUUUUCUUUUUUAGAGCAAUUGAAUGCUAUAAAUGGCUUGUUAAUUUGAUUUUUAUUGGAAUCAUAAUACUUUAAAGUU